AUGUUGGACCAAAUGGCAAACGAAAUCAAGCUCAUCUCGGGCAGCUCGCACCCCGACCUGAGUGCCCUGGUCGCCAGCCGGCUGGGCAUCUCAGUCGCCAACACCAUGAGCCUCAACUACUCUAACCAGGAGACGAGUGUCUCGAUUGGCGAGUCUGUCCGUGAUGAGGACGUCUUCAUCCUCCAGUCGACCGCCCCCGGCGAUGUCAACGACGGCCUCAUGGAGCUGCUCAUCAUGAUCCACGCCUGCAAGACGGCCUCGGCCAGGCGCAUCACCGCCGUCAUCCCCAACUUUCCCUACGCUCGCCAGGACAAGAAGGACAAGUCGCGCGCGCCCAUCAGCGCCAAGCUCAUUGCCAACAUGCUGCAGGUCUCUGGCUGCAACCACGUCAUCACCAUGGACCUGCACGCCUCUCAGAUCCAGGGCUUCUUCAACGUCCCCGUGGACAACCUGUACGCCGAGCCCUCGGUGCUUCGCUGGAUCCGGGAGAACCUCGACGUCGACAACUGCGUCAUUGUUUCUCCUGACGCCGGCGGUGCCAAGCGCGCGACGUCCAUCGCCGACCGCCUCAACACGGCCUUUGCGCUCAUCCACAAGGAGCGCCCGCGCCCCAAUGUCGUCGGACGCAUGGUGCUCGUCGGCGACGUUCAGGACAAGGUCGCCAUUCUCGUAGACGACAUGGCUGACACAUGUGGCACGCUCGUCAAGGCGGCCGAGACGGUCAACCAGCACGGCGCUCGAAAGGUGUUUGCUAUUGUCACGCACGGUAUUCUGAGUGGCAAGGCUAUCGAUAACAUUAACCAGUCAUGCCUGUCUGGGCUGGUCGUGACCAACACUGUGCCUCUUGGUGACAAGACCGAGCGGUGUCCGAAGCUCAAGGUCAUUGACGUCUCUGGUACCCUAGCCGAGGCCAUCCGCCGAACUCAUAAUGGCGAGUCGGUGUCUUACCUCUUCACCAAUGUUCCUGGGUUCUAA